AAAAGGCCGGCACUUUCCAGCACUAGAAGACGUUUUAUAAGAAAGAAGAAGCAGUUGCAAUUAUUAGACAUUAAACAAAUACUAUAAAGAUAACAGUACAUUUUUAAUAUCGCUGGACAGAACGCUUCCGUUUUUAAAGGAGUUCGGAUUUCCCCGACUUGGAGCCGAGUUUCUUGUUAACAAAACUUAAGAACAGUGGUCCACAACUGUGUCGAUUUUAAGAAGAUUUCAGUGCGUAUUCAUCUUCGUACCCAGUUUGCCACAAUUGUACGAGGUCGAACGCAUUUAACACCCUCGCAACAACAAUCCGCCGUUCAAUCAAACGGAAAAAGCAGUGAGCUCUCUUCGAACAUCAUCCCAGUAUCCUGGUUUCCGCCUCCUUUGAGGCUGCACAUUUCGCUACGCUCCGCGGGCAAAACGGAAUUUAUUAAAGGUCAAAUCAAAAACAAAAAUAACCGUAAACAUUUAAAAGAAAAUCGCCAUCCUAAUCAUUAAAUAAUACCAUCAUUAAAUAAUACCAAAGUCGAUAAAUACAUACAAUGAGUGCAAAUAAACGCGCGAAAACAAUAACUUUUAUUUGAAAACUUCAAUAUACGUUGUAUUGCGAAAAUGUAACAAGUGAGUGCCAAAGAGGAAAAUAAUAAUUAAAAGGCAGACAAAAAAUUUUUGAAUAACAAUAAUAACAGAAGUGCAAAACAGGAAUAAAAAAAAUACUAAAUUCAGUGCAGAGUGUAAAAUGCCAAAAACUUUUGUGCGCCUCAACGUACAAAAAUUGUAAAGACGCGAGAACGGGGAAGAAUUAACGUUGCUUUUUUAUUAGUUAAAGUGUGCUGAAUUCCGUUAGGGAAUAUAAAGAAAACAUAUUUGAAAGAUAAAAGACACCAAUGCUGCCAAUGUCGAUGGCCACGGCGGAGGCUAAGCAAAUCCAGAGGGAUUCGGCCAUCUCGGUAUCGCCAACGAACGGAGGAGGAACAACCAAUGGUUCUGGAGGCGUCUCCGUCUCCGGCGGAAAUGGCAGUAGUCUCCUGACCCUGGCUCCUCGUAAGGAGGAACUCCGAUUUUUGCCUCUCGCAUCCAUGGGAUCAAACAAGACCUGCAACAUCACCAUCAGCAAUGUCCAGCCGAUGAAAACCAAACUGACGACGGUGAACAUUGUUCCGGGUUCACUAAAAAACCCGACAGGAUCGGCACCCAGCGCAGGAACUGCUCCAUUUUUCCAGUUAGUUCCUUCGGCCAGUAACCCCAGCCAGCCUUUGGUGGCCAUACUUGCACCCAAUCGCAAGACCAAUUUGUUAGGAGGACCUGCACCCAGUCCCCAGCCAGUGGUGAUACGUUCUGGGACGCCUUUGAACAAAAAUAGUCUGACUAUCCACAGCAAUGGCAUAGCCACCAUGACGCCAGCUGGAGCAGGAGGAUCGGGAGCAGGUGGUGCUGCAGGAGCAGGAGCGCCAAUUACACUGCUUAACAAAACAGAGCUUCCAAAGAAAAUACAAGCGGCACCAGUCCAGAUUCCAAGCACGGGUCCAGCGCAAAUCUCCUUACUGGCCAAUCCCCUCAAGCCACGUGCUCCAUUGAUACUUAGCAAGGUGGCGGUGGACAAGUUGCGUCUGAAGUUCAACCAGUUCAAAAAUAAUCCCAAUCCCCCGGUGCUCAGCAAGGCCAAUCAUGUCAAGAAACUAGUGCCCCCGCCAAGCAGCAGUGGCGAAAACAUGGCCAGGACUACCCAAAUCAACAAUAACAACAACAAUAACAAUAAUAAUAGCAGCCAAGUUAAGGCGGUUAUUCCCGUCAAAGCCAUGUCCAUUAACACUGAAGAACUGCCUACGAAUAACAACCAGAGCCUUAUUAAAGCUAAACCACCAGCAAUGAAGGUAGUUCCUCUACCAAUCCAGGAUACACCCACUGUUAUGGCAGCCAAAUCGAACUCACACCAGGAGGUGGCCAAACCCACGCCUAAACCCACUACGAAACCGGAAGAAAUGACCAAAAAUGGACCAGCCAAGGAGACCAAGAAGCCCAAGGAACCUGCCCCACUGCAGAAACCAGAGCCAAUCGUAAAACCUAAACUCCAGCCAGCAGUCGAAAAGGAAUCCCCCAAGCUGCAGCGUUCAAAAUCCUUUGUGGCUACUCAGCCAUCAUCCCCGAUUGCAAACAACGAGAGACGACAUUCGGUGGCCAUUAUGGCGAAGGAGGUGGAUGUAAUUGAGCAGCCCAGUGCUCCCAUCGAGACCAUCACCAUAGAUGACGACGAAAGCGAGGAUGAAAAGGAACAGGAAAGGGAGAGGGAAAAGGAGAAGCCGCCAAAGAAGGAAAUCGUUAUGCCCAUUCUGCCCGCAGGCAUAACCAUUUCCACCACCAGUCGAUCAGCGGCAAAACCAAAACCCGUGAGAAAAGACUCCUGUGUGACAACAAUCUCAUCCUGUGCCAGCGGCAGUUCGUCCAACAGCGAUGUGGAGGAGAUUCGCUCGCCAGUUAAGAAUAUCGCGGAAGAACUCAGUCAACUUCCGGGCAUAAGCAUCAUUAAGGCCGAGUCCCUUCCGCUGUCCAAGGAGGACUUUGAGCGCUCAUUGCGCUGCGACGAACAGGUGCCCACCUCACCACCCAAAUCGUCCUCCUCCUCUCCUCCAUCCUCUUCCUCUAGAGCGUCUACUUCGGUUUCGGAAACGGCAUCGCCUCCCAAGCUAACUGAUAACAUACCAUCACGUCUAGCCUUAAAGAACGGAAAAAAGUCACAAGAUCAUGAGGCGGCAGCAUCUGUUGGCAGUCGGGCUAGUGUACUCAGGAAGAGCAUGAUGCAGAACCUGACCAUGCUGAAGUGGCGCGGCCAGCAGCCGGCCAACCUGCAAAACUCUACGAUGCGGUUUGAGUUGAAUCGCUUGAACCUCCUGCAGCUGAAUGAGCGCUGUGAACCGCGCCAAGGACCAGCAGGAUACUUUGAGCGGGCUCUGUUCGAUCGUCCUGGCCGAAGACCCUCAGGCAGCAUCCAUCCGCUGCUCUACUUGUGCCAGCGAUGCAACUGUCACGGUCCUGCAGCCGAUUUUCUGGCACCACAUUACUGCUCCGUCAGUUGUGUACGACGCGCUCAAAAACGUCGUCUGCCGCAGAGCUCGCAAAAGGAUAGCAAGAUUAGUCGUACGCAAGUGGAGCAAACAGCUGAAACAGUGCCAGAACCAUCACAAAAACCUCAGGGAAACCACAAGUCUCAAUCAAAGUCGCUGGCUGCCAUCCAAGAACAGAUGCAGCAGCGGCCAAAGGACAAGGCUCGCAAGCCGUUCCGCUGGAGCGAGUACCUCAAGACUAAGGGUAAGGAUGUGGCAGCGCCCAUCCACCUGUUCCUCAACCCAUUUCCUAUCACUCCUAAUUGCUUUGAGCGUGGGAUGAAGCUGGAGGCCAUCGAUCCGGAGAACUGCUCGCUGUUCUGUGUGUGCAGCAUCGUCGAGGUGCGCGGCUAUCGUCUGAAGCUUAGCUUUGAUGGUUACUCCUCCAUGUAUGACUUUUGGGUGAAUGCCGACUCGCAGGAUAUCUUUCCGCCUGGAUGGUGCGACGAGACGGCCCGCGUACUGCAGGCGCCCAAGGACUACAGCUCGGAGCGCUUCAGCUGGAGCCGCUAUCUGGUGAAAACCGGUGGCAAGGCGGCUCCGCGCUCCCUCUUUGCGCACUUGAGCAUGCAGCCGCAGAUGGGAGUUCGGAACGGGUUCGCCGUGGGCAUGCACCUCGAGGCGGAAGACCUAAACGACACGGGCAAGAUUUGCGUGGCCACCGUUACGGAUAUUCUGGACGAGCGUAUAAGGGUUCACUUCGAUGGCUGGGACGACUGCUACGACUUGUGGGUGCACGUCAGCUCACCUUACAUCCAUCCUUGCGGCUGGCACGAGGGUCGCCAGCAGCUGAUCGUUCCGCCGGAUUACCAGAAGUCGGUAUUCAACUGGGCGGACUACAUAUCAGAGGUGGGCGGAGUGGCGGCCUCAAAGGAGCUGUUUAACCCGCGACAGCCCAUGGAGUACCAGCCACGCAUGAAACUGGAGGUGGUGGACCAGCGCAAUCCCUGCCUGAUCCGCCCGGCCACUGUGGUUACUCGCAAGGGCUACCGAGUUCAACUCCACCUGGACUGCUGGCCGACGGAGUACUAUUUCUGGCUAGAAGACGACAGUCCGGAUUUGCAUCCCAUCGGCUGGUGCGAGGCCACUUCGCACGAGCUAGAAACCCCGCCUGGUUUUCUGCAACCCAAGUCCCUGAUGCCCUGCGACGUGGACGGAUGUCGGGGCUAUGGCAAUGCCAAGCGCUUCAAUCUUAACGUACACGCUUUGCGGGAUUGCUGUCCGUAUGCGCCGGAAAACUGGCGCCAGUGGCGCUCCAAAACGGUGAAGCCACCGCGCGUCUCGCCCGAAAAGAUCCGACGCGGCUGGGCAAAAAAACCAAAGCGGCCCAGUUCCGAAGCUAAGCAGGUCGUUAAGGAUAGCACGCAGCCCGAGGAGCCCCAGCUGGAAUCCGAUGUUAAGGAUGAGCCAAAGGAGAAGACGUCUCCGCGUCAAGAAAAGGUUGUGAAAGAGCAUAAAUGCGACGCCGAGGAGUUACCGGACCAGCGCUCUCUGUCCAUAGCCAAGUCCAUAGUCAAGGAAUACGGACCACAGUUCCUGCAAAACUAUCGCCUCUGGCAGCAGAACAGCGCAUUCGAUUUGGAGCAGGUACGCACCAAUCCUCUGCACUGGACUAACUGGGAUGUUUACGAGUACGUGGAGCGCGCCCUCGACUCUGCGGACAUUGCCAAGACAAUCAUGGAUCAGGACAUUGACGGCAGGGCACUGCUAAUGCUGGGGCGCAACGAAUUGGACAAGUACCUGAAGCUCAAAGUUGGACCGGCGGUGAAGCUCUACUCACUGAUUGUCAAUCUUCGUAUUGCGGUCGUCUGCAAGUUUGAGACCAACACCACCGGAUUGGCGAUUAACGCCGAUGCUGCGAUUCAGCCAGAGAAGGGGGAGCAGAAAGAAUCGCUGCCUGCCAAGAAACAGGAGGAGCCACAGAGCAACGGCUACAAAAUGGGCAUGGGUGGGGAACUUUCCGAGAGCGGGGACGAGGAGGACGUGGUGCUGGACAGCGAAGACUUCCAGAGCGUCAAGCCAAGCAGCUUAGUGAUUGACGAGGAUAUCGAUGGCGAUGUGGUGAUGGUGCCGCUGGAAUCGCGCAUGCCCAUGACCACGACUUCCUAGGACUCCCUGCCAGUCCGCUGCAUCCGUUGAUUGAUUUGUAAGAUUAUUUUGUUGCACCGGCCUCGGCCCUUUCGGGUAUUAAUAUUAUUGAUAGUAUUUAUUAUGUAAGCCGCUCCGAAUCCGAUUGUUUGUUUUUUCCCCACUCUCCAAUAAAUGAUCCCUCUAGCUAUGUAA